AUGUCCCCGAAAUCCGCACCGGUUAAUACAUCCACAUCCAUCAGACCAUCCACCCCAGCCGCCAACUCUGAUAAACCGGUUGCUCCGUGGUACACACUGCUUCAAUGGAAUGACCUUCCUCAUUGGCUGCAAGACAAUCAUCACAUCCACGGCAGCUAUCGACAAGCAUCCUACAGUUACGCGAGGUCCCUUCAGAGCAUAUUCCACUGGCACAAUCAGAGCAUCAACAUUUGGACUCACUUGGUCCCGGCUACGCUGAGUCUGCCACUGGCCGCUUUCCUGUACAAAAUUCUGAAACCGCGAUAUGAAAGAGCCUCGGCGGCCGAUGUGAUCGCAAUGAGUUGCUUCUUCCUCGGCGCCACCUCCUGUUUGAGUCUGAGCGCCGCCUUUCAUGCACUGUCCAAUCACUCCCCGCAAGUCGCCAAGUUCUGGAACCAGUUGGAUUAUGCUGGCAUCUCUUUGCUUAUCACGGGCUCCUUCAUCCCAAGCGUCUAUUACGGUUUCUGGUGUCAUCCGGGAAAGCAAUGGACGUAUUGGCUCAUGAUCAGCACAUUGGGCAUUGCCUGCACCGCAGCCUCCGUGCUGCCUCGCUUCAGGAGCUCCGCUUGGAGACCAUACAGGGCAUUGAUGUUUGUCGGCAUGGGAAUCUCCGCCGUAUUUCCAGUCUUGGACGGUUUGAAGACAAUGGGGUUGGAUGCAAUGGAGAACCAGAUGGGCCUGUCGUGGGUGGUGCUGCAAGGUAUCCUGUAUAUUGUGGGUGCUGGCUUUUAUGCUGCUCGAAUUCCGGAGGUCUGGUAUCCGGGCAAGUUUGACACCCUGGGAAGCUCGCAUCAGAUAUUCCACGUUCUCAUAGUCCUGGCGGCGGGGUCGCAUCUCAGAGGGCUUCUCAAAGCCUUUGAUUAUCGGCACGGCAUCAUGGGGUCGGUGUGCCUAUGA